ACCCAGGCUUCCGUUCGCCGGUGAAACAGGAGAGGAAGAAAAAAAGUGCUGAUUAAUUGUGACGCAGAUAAGUAGGAUCUGUGCCGAUAUUUGUUUUGAAAUCUCGAUCUAUAGUUGUAAGGUCUGAGAUUUCAAUCGUUAUCAGUUAAGUAUAUUAAAAUUGCUCGAUAUGCUGUGAAUAUUGAUUUGAUCCAACGACGAAAAUCGAUCUGACACGGUACUUCAACAUGGCGUCUCGGCUAGUCUUUCGACAGUUGUUUGAUUAUGAAUCCUACACAUUUACCUACCUGUUGGGGUGCGGCAGGACCAGACAAGCUGUUAUCAUAGAUCCUGUUGAUACCCAGGUUAAAAGAGAUACAAAGUUGAUUGACGAAUUGGAAUUGAAACUGAUUUAUGCAAUGAACACCCAUGUUCAUGCAGACCACAUAACGGGAACAGGGUUACUCAAGGGAAUGACCGCCUGUCAGAGUAUCAUAUCCAAAAACAGUGGAGCUAUUGCUGAUGUUUUUGUUAAUGACGGAGACAAAGUUGUCUUUGGAGAUGAGUCACUGGAGGUCUUGGCUACACCUGGACACACAAACGGCUGUAUCACAUUUGUGAGUCAUAUGCACAAGAUGGCUUUCACUGGAGAUGCCUUACUGAUCAGGGCAUGUGGACGAACAGACUUCCAGGAAGGUUCUGCUGAGAAACUGUACGAAUCAGUGCACAGCAAGAUUUUGUCUCUUCCCCGUGACUUCACUCUGUACCCAGGUCAUGACUACACUGGAAUGUCAUCAACUACUGUUGAUGAAGAGCUGAAGCACAAUCCACGUUUAACCAAGAGCAAAGGGGACUUUGUUGAAAUCAUGAGCAAACUUGGUCUUACAAAACCAAAGAGAAUUGGGAAAAUCCAAGGAGGCGACUUGGGGCAAGUCUAGGAGGGCUUAUAUCCAUAUUUGGUAUUCUGUGGGUAUCCUGCUGAAGGGUUCACAACAUGCUAUGUUGCUUUUUACAAUAAUAUUUCGAUGGAUUUGAUUUGUUGACAUUUUGGAGGUAUAUGUUGUGACCAUUGAAAACACUGUAAAGCUUUUGAUUUGCAGUAAUUGUGAUAAGAUAAUUGGGCGUGACUGCAGAAUUCUUUUUGCUGCCCUUUUUUCUCCAAUUCAAAUCCUCGAACUUUGCCUAGUUUUCUUCUCUUAUUUACAAACCAAUAAAACAUGUUAGGAUAUUUU